AUGGCGGCGUCAGAAGGAAUUGACAGGAAAAUCGGACAUGUAUCGGGCGAAGAAGCGGACGCUGAACGCUGGGUAACUUUAGCGCGAGAAGUAAGUUCACAGGACAGAACAUCGUCCAGUAAAAUCGGUUCACUGACUAUCAUUGGAUCAGGUAUAAAGAGUGUGAGCCAUUUCACUCUGGAAUCAUUAUCCGAGUUAAAAUCGGCCAAUGACGUGUUCUUCUGCGUGGCAGAUCCGGUAACCGAAAGAUUCAUAAAGAGGCUGCGCCCAGACGCUCUUGAUUUGUAUGUGUUAUAUGAUGAUGAUAAGAAAAGGAUCGUGACAUACGUGCAAAUGGCAGAAUUUGGUCUACACCAGGCUAGAAAAGGUCGCCAUGUCUGUAUGGUCUUCUAUGGACAUGGUGGUGUAUUUGUCCUUCCAUCACAAAGAGCUCUUCACAUCGCCAAAAAGGAAGGGAUCCCAACGAAGAUGCUAGCUGCUGUUUCUACAGAAACUUGUCUGUUCGCUGACCUGGCUGUUGAUCCUUCUAUUCCAGGACUUCAGACACUAGAAGCUACAGACUUCCUCAUACGUAAUCGACCCAUUAAUACUGACUUCCAUGUUGUAAUCUGGCAGGUAGGAUGCGUAGGAGACAUUGGAUUUCGUCGAAAAGGAUAUCAUAAUGACCAUUUCAACAUUUUGAUAGAAAAACUUCAAGAAAUAUACGGGAAGGAUUAUGAAAUAAUUCAUUAUAUUCCAGCUCAUUAUCCUAUCGCCUCAUCAAAGGUUCGGAAUGUUGCUCUUUGUUAUCUUCUUAACCCAGAAGAAAUGAAACAGGUGACAGGAGUGUCAACAUUUUAUAUUCCACCAAAAACUUCAAGUCAGCUGGAUAUAGAUAUGGCCCUAAAACUGGGCAUAAUAAGAGAGGAUUCUCCAGCAAAAUCGCUUAGACCGGGACACCGCGUUAUUGACGCUUAUACUGACAAGGAAAAGCAGUACAUCAGAAGUCUUGCUGACUGGGAAAUUCCAACAGAAUACUCAUACGCCGAGGAGACAGAGCUUUCGAAUAUAUUGACGGAUCUUAGUCUAAACCCAGUUUUCUUGAGGCAUUGCAAAGAGAAGGGAUAUCCUAAGCUGUCAGACAAGACCGAGGACGAUGCGCUAAAUUCUGGAAAUCACGCACGGAUCCGCCAUGUCCUCAAACCUAGCACAACGGUAAAACAGGCACAAACGGAACUGGCUGAACAGCAUAAUCGGUCGAAAGGUUGCGGUCAAACAAGGAAACCUUCUUAUCUACGGAAGUCUUACAUUCCAAAACAUAUCAAGCCUGUGUUCGUCUUCAACGACAGCGACGACGAUGACGACGACGAUAAAGAAAGCAUUCUAGUGGCAGGAAAGACAGCUGUAGAGAUACAAGUACCUCCAGACAGUAAACAGUAG